CUUGUUAAAACUUGUUGAUUAAUGAAUGUUGAUGAUUUUUACUGGAGCUAUGUUUAUUAUUUUUCUACACAAAUGACUACAAAAACAAUAUAUCCUUGAAAUAAUAUUAUUUUCAAGGUAAAAAUAACUCAAAUAAGUUGGUGAACCCAACAUGGCCACAACUACAACUGUGACCUCCCAGGCACAGCAGAAAUUUAGCAAUCUCCGACGCCGACUAGAUCAGUUGGGGUACAAGCAGUCACUGGGCAUUGAAUCAUUGCCAUUGGUGGAAAAGUUGUUUGUCGAUCUAGUUCAUACAACAGAGAGCCUAAAAAAUGCAAAACUUGAACUGGCAAAAAAGACUGAAGUCCACCUGGAUGUGGACUCAGCUGUGGAGCCGUACAAAAGUGAUAACGCUAAACUCAUUAGAGAAAACAAUGAAAUACACAUGACAAUAAUCAAACAGAAAGAGGAAUCUGAUGCUAAAAUUCGAGAACUAAAAGCAUCCCUGCGAGACUUGGAGCACAAAAACGCAGACCUGCAGUUUCUCAACAACCAGUACGUCCACAAGGUGAGGCAGCUAGAGAAGGAGUCCAAGGAAAAGUCUGAGACAAUACUCAAGUUACAGGAGAAAAACUUUCAUGCUGUAGUUCAGACACCAGGUGGAAGGAAAAAGAACAUUCCUUUCCGACGACAGCGAAUGGAAAUAGACCAAACUGUGCCAGAGAAUGAUGGCUAUGGGUUUAAAGUUCCACCACCAGAUGACCCCUAUGUUGCUGACCUGUUACAGGUGGCAGAUGCCAGGAUAGCAGAGCUAGAGGCGGCAGUGUCCGAGGCAGCUGACUUGAAGGAGGUCAUGGACAGAAAGCUGCAAGGCUUCAGAGAACAGCUGUCAAACCGUGAUGAGGAGAUAGACAGACUGACCAGAAUGUUGGACGGUGGACGACCCAGUGAUGUUGUGGCUCUGGAUGCCAAGAAUCGGGCCAAUGAACGCAUGAUCUCUCACCUGAAUAUUCAGGUGGACUACCUGCAGAACAAGAACCGGGAGUAUGAGAGGAAACUAAGGGAGGCAAACUACCAGCUGGACUCCGCCCUGACCGACAGGGAGAGGGUGGCCAAAAAGCUGCAGGUAGACAAGGAGAUAGUGGUGCAGGCCGCGGACAGGGAGAUGAAUGAGGCCAAGGAUGAGUUGGAGAAAUCACGUCAUGAACUGGAGGACAUGGACCUGACCGUUGCCCAGUUGAAAGCUGAACAAAGUCGUUUGAUUAAAGAGCUGAGUGACACCAGAGCGCGCGUGUCCACUAGGGAGGCGGACAAUGUCAGGCUGGAGGGUCUGCUGGACAGGAUCACAGAGGAGAAGAAACGUCUGGUACAGCGGGUCAACAAACUGACCGCUAAUGAGAAGGAGCUUGUCCUUGAGGUAGAGAGGCUGAAGAAGAAGAAUGGCCCCACUGUGAAGAAAAACAAAAUUCCAACCAAACUGGACAUGUUCAUCAGAAGUAUUGAACAAGACAGGGACUACUACAGGGCACAAGCUGAGGACUUGGAGGCUUUGCUGAAGGGAGAGAUGCCUAAAGGACAUGUCAGCCUGCGCACGAGGUCGGCCUCAUCGUCCAGGGCACAAAGUCCAGCAAGAAAAGAGGCUCCAGCCAAGUCCAACAAAAAGGACCUGGCCCAGUACGAAGCCAUCAUCCGUGUUAUGGAGGAAGAGAAAGACUACUACAAGAAGGAGUACGAGACACUGAAAGCCACGCGCAGAUCUGCUUCUCCUAUUAAAAUCAUUCCAAAGAAGAGUGUGGCUGAGGAGUUUGAGAUGGCCAGACUGACCAGGGAAAGGGAUGAGCUCAAAUCUUUGCUGGACAAGUUUGAGAGGCAUAUGGCAGAGAUCCAAGCCAAUGUGAAGGUCUUAACAUGUGAAAGAGACAAGCUGAGUACAAUGUAUGAGGAGAGCAAAGACGAGCUGAUGAAAGUCAGGCGUGAGCUCAUCUCCUCACCCAAACAAACCAAGACCUCCCUGGCAGCCCAGGCCAUACUGAGGAGGAUUGAGAACGAGAGAGAGGAUGCCAUUUCAGAUCUGAGAAGAAUGACCACAGAGAGGGACAGUCUUCGAGAGAGGUUAAAGAUUGCCACAGAAACCUCCCUGUCUGACAGGGCCAAGCUGGAACAGCAGGUGGAAGAUUUAGAGUCAACUCUUCAUACAGUGGAACAGGAGCGUAACGAGCUGAUGAUCCGCAUGAACUCCCUGAAGGACGAGAUCAAGAUGAUGGAGGAGCAGAUCAAAGACCAGGUCAUGCGACUCAAUGAGGUGGUGGAUGACUCCACCAAGAACAAGACAUCCGCCACUCAGAUGAGGAUGCUGGUGGAGGAGACGGAGAAAACGUUGGAGGACACCACUCGUAGACUGUCCAGGAGGGAGGAGGAGCUACAGAACCAGGCUGAGAGGGUCAACAACCUGGAGGAGAAAGUUCUAGACCUCCAGAGAGUGGUUCAGGUACAAAAAGAAGAAAUUGAUGUGUUGAGGUCAAAUCUCAAGUCCAUGGAUAGAGAGAAAGAUUCUCUGCAGACAGUUGUUGAUGAGAAGACAGAAAAAAUUGCACACUUCAACGGACAGUUACAUGAUAGGGAGAGGUAUAUAGGAGACCUAAAACUGAGGAUUGGUGAAAUUGAGGCACAGUUAGAACAUGCCAAUGAAACCCUGAACCUUAAAGACAGGGAACUGAAGAGCAUGAGACGACAGUUGGACUCGCUAUCAGAGGACCUCACAGAGACGUCACGAACUAAAGACGUCACUGGCCGAGAGAACAGGAGGCUGCAGGAUGACCUGAAUGUCAUGACCAAGGAGAACCAGAAACUGAACCAAGAGCUGGAGGAUGCUAUAGAAGAGAAAGAUGCCCUAAAGACUCAGGUACAGCAGUACAUCCUGGAGGUUAGAAGGAUUGAAGACACACUCAGUGCUAAGGAACAAGAGAGGGGCGACCUCCUGGAGCAGUACCGCAAACUUUCAGCAGAGGCCGAGCAGUACCAGACAGCCAGCCACCAGCUGGAGAGCGAGGGUUCGAACCUCAGGCUGGAGCUGAUGACCAAAGACUCGGAGAUCAGACGUCUGAGGGACAAGGUGGACACGCUGGAGAGGGAGAUCCAGGAGCACCUCCAGUCCCACCAGGCGUAUGAGAUCCAGGUGUCCAACCUGACCAGGUCUGUGGCCCACCUGGAAGAAAACCUGAGGGUCACUGAGGAGGACAAGCAGGAGCUGCUGGCUGACCUGUCCGCGGCCAGAGAGCUCUGCUCCAGGCUGGAGACUAGCAAGGAAAACAUGAACAGGCAGCUGACCGCCUCGGAGCUGGACAAGGAACAGCUCCAGAACAUCAUCUCUGACCUGCGUCAGGAGUCUGAAUGUCUGCGCUCCCAGAUUGACCAGGAGCGGGGUCAGGUGAAAAACCUGGAGAGUGUCCUGCAGGACAACAGGGAGAAGGACUUCCAGUGUCAGCUGACCACUCAGGAGAAGAACACGGAGAUCCAGAUGUUGAAAGACAGGCUGUCACUCAAUGAGAGCAAACUUCAAGGCCAGAGCCGAGAAGUUGCAUCCCUUCGCACAAAAAAUGUGGAGCUAGAGGGUGACGUGGAGAGGAUGAGGCGCCAGUUGGCCACCGAGAGGUUUGAAAGAGAUCGUAUGGCCCAGGAGAUGCGACGUAAUGGCAUCCAGCCCCCUGUCAUGUUGAGUGAUUACUCUGGCACCAGAACUCUGAGUCCUGCGAGGUCCAGGAGCCCGGGCAGAUCCUACAGUCCUAGUGCCAGGCCAAGGUCAAGAUCUAGGUCAAGGUCUCCUGGUGUCAGGUUUCGAACCAGCCCAAACACCUCACUAAUCAACACAAGUCGUAGGAGCUACCUGUAUGAUGAUGACUACUUGACAACUACCUCCCCCAAAACUACAUAUAACCAGGACCUGCUUUAAAGACUCACUGUCACAUGACCCAUUCAAUCACAUGACAAAUGUGUCACAUGAUGCAACAAAAAUCAUAUCAACAGUAAACAGCAUUCCCAACAACAUAGUAUUAAUUGUAUGCAGCUAGUGUUAAAGGCUUUCUUCAUCAACCAGUAGGUAGAUCUAGAUCAUAAGAUAAGAACUUUCCAUUUUCACAUGCAUAGAAUAACACAUUAUUGUUGUCAUUGCUUGUCAAGGGAGACAAUGCAAGUUAGCAGCACACA